AUGGCAACCAACACCGUCGCCCCGAUCCCCCGCCUAAUCUACGGCACAGCCUGGAAAAAGGCCCAAACGGCCCCUCUCGUCGUCUCCGCCCUGUCCGCCGGCUUCCGCGGCCUCGACACCGCCGCGUCCCACCACUACUACGAGGAGGGCGUCGGCGCCGGCCUCCGGACCUGGCUGUCCCAGAACCCGGGCCUCCUACCCCGCUCCUCCCUCUACAUCCAGACCAAAUUCUCCCCAUCCCCGUCCCACCUCCCCAUCCCGGACCAGGUGCACAGCUCCAUCACCUCCUCGUUCAAACACCUCUCUGCGCCUAGCUCGCUGUUCAAAGACGGCCCCCCUGCAGCAGAAUCGCCAAAGGAGCCAACCGCGUCCGGCCAAGAGUCCGACUUCUACCUAGACUGCGUGCUCCUCCACGCACCGUAUCCCGCCUACGAAGAUACGCUCCUCGCAUGGCGUGCCUUGGAGUCGUACGUGCCCCACCGCAUCCGGACCAUCGGCAUCUCCAACGUUGACCUGGAUGAGCUGCGCGCCCUCUGCGACGAUGCCGAGGUCAAGCCCGUCGUCGUCCAGAACCGGCUCAACCCGAAGGAGGCAUACAACACCCCCGUCCGAGUCUUCUGCCGCGAGCGCGGUAUCAAUUUCCAAUCUUUCUGGACGUUGACUGCCAACCCGGACUUGGUCAAAAGUGACUUUGUGAGAAAGGUUGCCGCGGCCAUAGGCGUGAGCAAUGAAGUCGCACUGUAUAGCCUCGUUCUCGGCUUGCGAGGCGUCAGUGUGCUUGACGGGACAACGAACGAAACCCGGAUGAAGGGCGACCUCGACGGUGUAGAGAGGGUGACGGCCUGGGCCACUGGUGAAGGAUCAAAGCUAUGGCAGGAAAGCCUUGGGCAGUUUAAAGUUAUCCUAGGCGAUACUGAAUGA